CGUCAUGGAGUGGAAUCGAUCUAGAAGCGAACAGAACCGACACGGAAUUUGGUUCAAAUCUCCGCGGACCUUUCAGAUGUCUGUUGUACACUGAGAGAGUAAUGUGUGUGUUGUGGUUACUCUGAUCCUCGGAGAGAUAAAAAUGGUUGUUUACAAUCUAUUUAAUUCCGUCGUAUUGGAUCUUCUACUGCGCCACCUGCUGUUAGUCGCCGGAGCUGCAGUCGUGACAGUCUGCAUUUAUUAUUAUGUCCAACGGGACGAUGGAGAACAAACCACCGCGGACACCGAGGACACCACCGUCCCCGAAGACCCAGUUUAUGAACAGACCACAGAACCGGCUCUGGUCCGACCCACAGAGGUUGUUCAGGACCAGAUGAUGGAGGCUGAGUCUGCGGCUGAGGAGAAGAUUCAGGAGCUGGUGGUGCCCAAGAUUCAGCUGGAGGACAGAGUGAAGGAGCUGGAGGAACUACUCUGUGAGGCACGCAGAAGCUAUGACCUGAAAAGUAAGGUCAUUCUGGCUAAAGCAGAGAAGAAACAUCAGAAGGAUGUGAAGACCAUCACUCAGCUGAAGAAGCAGAAUUCUGACCUGACCGAAAGGGUGGAGGCACUGAGAGAAACAUUGAAGAAAACAAAGAACCGUCUCUUUGAGUCUAACAUCAUAUUUGAUGAUAUGUUUAACGAGCAAGAUCAAGAUGAACACCUCAUCCUACAAUCAGUGAACCAAGAGAUGCAGUACACCAUCGUUCAGAUGGAGGUGGAGAGAUCUGAAAAGUUAAUUCAGAUAGAGAACCAGAAAAACAAAAUGAAGGACCUGGGAAACCUGGUCUUUGACAUGAACGUAGAGAUUGAUCACCUAACGAAUGAGCAAAAGCGAGGACGGGAGGCUUACAGCAUCCUCCGGGCUGAGAAUAUGAAGAUGAAGAAGACCAUCACUCAGCUGGAGGAGGAGAACAGUGAGAUGAAGAAGACCAUCACUCAGCAGCAGGAGGAGAACAGUGAGAUGAAGAAGACCAUCACUCAGCAGCAGGAGGAGAACAGUGAGAUGAAGAAGACCAUCACUCAGCAGCAGGAGGAGAACAGUGAGAUGAAGAAGACCAUCACUCAGCAGCAGGAGGAGAACAGUGAGAUGAAGAAGACCAUCACUCAGCAGCAGGAGGAGAACAGUGAGAUGAAGAUGACUGCUGGGACCGUUGAGAGCAGCACAGGAUCCACAUCAAAACUGAGUGAUGAAAAUGUAAAAAUCACAGAAAGACGUGAGACUCCAAGUGAAAGAAUGAAGAAAAGAAGAAUGAAAAAAUUAAUAAAUGGAGAAAAGAAGAAUGAAAGAGUGCAACGUUAACAAAUAUGUAAAUAACACAUUCAUUUGUAAUAGAAAUGUGGAUGUGUUUUUUUUUUUUUGGGACGGAUCAUGUUUUCUUUCCAUGGAUCAUCAUCUUUGUGUCUGUCAGUGGGAUUCUUAGUGAAAUGAACUCUUCUGUUCAUCAACGUAAUGAAGUUUUCUCCUUUUUUUUGCGGGCAUCAGUUUCAACAGAAAACUGAAGAGUGCUUCCAGAUGUCAAAACCGUUCAUCAAUCUUCUGCUGUCUUCAGGGACGGGACGAUCUUUUCUAAGUCCCCGGCUUUUUGUUUUCUGAGUUUUUGACUUGAGAUGAUGUUCAGCUUCUGUGUAAAAUCUAUAGCUUUACAGCUCAGGCUGUGUUUAUAGUUAUAUAAUUUAACCAUCAGAUUCACGAAUGAUCAUUUAUCAUGAGGUCGGUGAUACAACGGAGGAACGUUGGUACUAUUACAUUUAGUCUAUUUAAUAAAAUACCAACUCACUACAGCUCAUCUACACAUAUGACACUUUUCUACAUGUUUUCAUGUUUACAACAUGGAAUUGAAAUUUACUUCAGUGGGUUUUUAUUUCAUUUUAUUCAUGGAGCUACAGAUAUUAUUUCACAAAAUAUAUUUAAAGCUUGUGAUUGCAUAACUGACAUGAAUGAAAGCCCCAAAUGACCAUCAUGUAUUUCAUUAUUUUUUAUACAGACAGCUAUUAACUUUAGAGGGGUGCUUACUUUUUUUUUCAGUGGUCAUAUAGUCAUGUUAAUACAGUAAAAUUAUAAACCAAACCUGAAUGA